AUGGAUGCUUUCACAAAGACCAAGAGAAAGAAGCACAGGAUAACACAGUCAGCCUCUGGAGCCUGUCCUCAAAAGCAAAGCUACUCCCUGAAACUUGAUGUGAAAGAUGGCAAGAUCUACAAUGAACAGAACUUCUUCCAGCGGGCUGCAAAGAAGGCCACAGUGGAGAAGUGGAAGAAGCUGCAUUCUGUGCCCUUGCUGGGUAUCCCCGACUGCCUUGGCUUUGGACUGCACGGCGAUAACUAUCGGUUUCUUGUGUUCCCCGAUUUGGGGCGAACCCUUCAGUCCAUCCUGGAUGAUGGUUUAAACCUGCUGAAGGAGAAGGCAGCUUUUCAGAUUGCAGUCCGGCUGUUAGACUGCCUGGAGUACAUUCACGAAAAUGAGUAUGUGCACGGGGACAUCACGGCUGAGAACAUCUACGUGAACCCCCUUGACCUCACAGAGGUGACCCUUGCAGGCUAUUGCUUUGCAUUCCGCUACUGCCCAGGAGGGAAGCACGUGGCUCUGCGUGAAGGCAGUAGGACCCCUCAUGAAGGCACAUUAGAGUUUAUCAGCCUAGAUAGCCACAAGGGAGCAGGACCAUCUCGUCGGAGUGACUUGGAAUCUCUGGGCUACUGUCUGCUGAAAUGGCUCUGUGGCUUCUUGCCUUGGUCUGAUGAGCUGACCAAAAUAGAAACUGUGGUGGAGAAGAAGGAAAGGUACAAGCAGGAUGUUACCGGCCUUCUCCGACUGUGCUUCAGGCAGAAAGUGAUUCCAGAGGCCCUGCAGAGCUACCUGCAGCAAGCAAUGGCACUGGAGUACGAGGAGAGGCCUGACUACGAAGCCCUGCGGCAGUUCUUGAGGAGGCCGCUGGAGAAGAUGAGAGCUUCAGCUUAUGACUCUCUGGAUGUCAGGGUUGUACCCUGAAUCAAGAAAGUUUGCACAGGAAAAGAGUUCAGUUCCAAACUUUCUGCACUGUGAUGCUUUUUUAGGAGCCACAUCUAACUUUUAUCUACCUGUUUUAGAAGUGAGAAUGGUUUUUAUAGGUGACGUUCUCUGACUAUAAUGUGACUUAACACUGAAUCUUGAGCCACUGUUACACCACG